AUGGCGAUGCUUCAGGCGAAUAUUGGCUUCGUUAAAUCUCCGACAUUUCCGUUUCCUUCUUCUUCUUUGUGUCCGAACCUCUCAGUCAAAUCGACUUCACUUACUCUGGGCUUCAGCUAUCGUUCCUCAGGCAAUCUCUUCUUAUACACUUUUGUUUUGUUUUCAAUACGAAUAAACCUCUCUUUCGGGGAGAUGAUUUUGAUUGUUUCGAAUGUUGUAUCAGUUCCAAAACUGCAUUUUUCGAAAAGGGUAAGUAGAAGCUACAAAAGAGAUGCUAUGUUAUUCCCAAUCAAGUGUUCUUCCUCUGAUGGAUUUGAUAAUAGCAAUACUGUUGUGAAGGAGAAAAGCGUCUCGGUGAUUCUCUUAGCUGGAGGUCAAGGGAAGAGAAUGAAAAUGAGCAUGCCAAAACAGUAUAUACCACUCCUGGGUCAGCCAAUUGCUUUGUAUAGCUUUUUCACGUUUUCACGUAUGCCUGAAGUGAAGGAAAUCGUAGUUGUUUGUGAUCCAUUUUUCCGAGAUAUUUUUGAAGAAUAUGAAGACUCGAUUGAUGCUGAUCUCAAAUUCGCUCUUCCUGGCAAAGAAAGGCAAGAUUCUGUUCACAGUGGACUUCAGGAAAUCGAUGUGAACUCUGAGCUUGUUUGCAUCCACGACUCUGCCAGACCGUUGGUGGAAACUGAAGAUGUCGAGAAGGUCUUUAAAGAUGGUUUGGCGGUUGGAGCAGCGGUACUUGGUGUUCCUGCUAAGGCUACAAUCAAAGAGGUCAAUUCUGAUUCGCUCGUGGUGAAAACUCUCGACAGGAAAACCCUUUGGGAAAUGCAGACACCACAGGUGAUCAAACCCGAGCUGUUGAAGAGAGGUUUCGAGCUUGUGAAAAGAGAAGGACUGGAGGUAACAGAUGAUGUUUCAAUAGUUGAGUACCUCAAGCAUCCGGUUUACGUCACUCAAGGAUCUUAUACAAACAUCAAGGUUACAACACCUGAUGAUUUACUGCUCGCUGAGAGAAUCUUGAGCAUGGACUCAUGA